UGGGUUUACUUCCUUUCUUUCUCAUCACCACCACCUCCACCUUCUCCUCUUUCCCCUUCUUCCUCUUCUGCUCCUCUUCUUCUUACCUCCUCACUCUUUUUGUUUUAACACACAACAUGUGAGUGAGUCACACCAAGGCUUUGAGUCUCUCUCUCAUUCUAAGCUCUAAGCUCAUUCACCUCUUGUGUGAUUUGGUCUAAAGUGUAAAUUAAGAUUUCUGCCAAACUUGGAUUUUCUCAGAUCUAUCCUACUUCUCUUUUUAUCCUUUUAUCCUGUUUCGAAAUCGUCAUCAUCACCUUUUGAUUUGCAAGAUCAUAAUUUUUUUGUUUUGGGUUUCCUCUCUUCCACCUCAUUGUUCAUUUUUUUCUCUCUGGUUGGCUUUUACUUGGGAAAAAUUGAGUUUUUUUGGCUACCCUCCAAGCAGAUCCUGGUUAGGGAGUAUAAAAUUUUCAGUUUUUAUCAGUACCCUCUUUUUAGACUCCCCUGAUGUUCUAGAUUUGAAGUUUUGUUUUCUCACUCUCUUUUUUCCGCCUAGAUCUGUUCCCACUUUUUCUGGCUUUAGAUCUUGGUUUUCUCCAUGAUGUGGUAGAACUUCAAAUUUAGGAGCCUUACCUUUCUGGGGUGUUUUUGUUUUUCCUAUCCUUUUAUGGAGUAUGAAAGCUUUCCUGGAAAGUUGGGGCGUUUGGAUCACUGAGUAAGAGAAAGAGAAGCGUCAAGAAAAAAAAAAUGAUGAAUUAUUUCCCCGACGAGGUAAUAGAGCACAUAUUUGAUUAUGUGGUUUCACACCGUGACCGGAACGCUUUGUCUUUGGUGUGUAAAAGUUGGUACAGGAUAGAGAGGUGUACUAGGCAGAGGGUGUUCAUAGGGAACUGUUACUCUAUCUCUCCGGAGAGGUUGAUCCAAAGGUUUCCUGGUCUCAAGUCUUUGACUUUGAAGGGAAAGCCUCAUUUUGCUGACUUCAGUUUGGUUCCUUACGGGUGGGGUGGUUUUGUGUAUCCAUGGAUUGAGGCUCUGGCCAAGAGCAGAGUUGGGUUGGAGGAGCUUAGGCUCAAGAGGAUGGUGGUCUCGGAUGAGAGCCUGGAGCUACUUUCUCGUUCUUUCACAAACUUCAAGUCUUUGGUUCUUGUUAGCUGUGAAGGGUUCUCCACCGAUGGCCUUGCUGCCAUAGCUGCUAAUUGCAGGUAUCUUAGGGAGCUGGAUCUGCAAGAAAAUGAAGUUGAAGAUCACAAAGGGCAGUGGCUAAGUUGCUUUCCUGAUAGCUGCACAUCUCUUGUCUCUCUGAAUUUUGCUUGCCUUAAAGGAGAGGUUAGUUUGGGAGCUCUAGAGAGACUUGUGGCAAGGUCUCCUAACCUCAAGAGUUUGAAGCUGAAUCGUUCGGUUCCCCUUGAUGCCCUGCAAAGGAUAAUGACACGAGCACCUCAACUAGCGGAUUUGGGAAUUGGAUCAUUUGUCCAAGAUCCUGAAUCAGAGGCAUUCAUAAAGCUCAAGAACACCAUUCUGAAGUGCAAGUCCAUAACCAGUUUGUCAGGGCUUUUGGAAGUUGCUCCUCACUGUGUUGCUGCUAUAUAUCCCAUUUGCCCCAAUUUGACAUCCUUAAACUUGAGCUAUGCCGCAGGCAUUCAGGGCAAUGAUCUGAUAAAACUAAUUCGCCACUGUGUGAAACUUCAGCGCUUAUGGAUAAUGGAUUGCAUUGGAGACAAAGGACUUGGUGUUGUAGCCAAGACAUGUACAGAUUUGCAAGAACUGAGGGUGUUUCCAUCUGUUCCCUUUGGAAAUGCAUUGGCUGUAACAGAAGUAGGACUUGUUGCAAUAUCAAUGGGGUGCCCUAAGCUUCACUCAUUGCUCUACUUCUGCCAGCAGAUGACAAAUGCUGCACUGAUUACAGUGGCCAAGAACUGCCCCAAUUUCAUCCGCUUCAGGUUAUGCAUCCUUGAUGCAACAAAAGCUGACCCUGAUACAAAUCAGCCGCUGGACGAAGGUUUCGGUGCAAUUGUGCAGUCUUGCCGGCGACUGAGGCGGUUAUCACUCUCAGGAAAGUUGACUGACCAGGUUUUCCUUUACAUCGGAAUGUAUGCUGAGAAGCUUGAAAUGCUGUCUAUUGCAUUUGCUGGAGACAGUGACAAGGGAAUGCUGUAUGUGCUGAAUGGAUGCAAGAAACUGAGGAAGCUUGAGAUAAGAGAUUGCCCUUUUGGUAACAUGGCACUUCUGACAGACGUAGGGAAGUAUGAAACAAUGCGAUCCCUUUGGAUGUCAUCCUGUGAAGUGACUGUGGGAGCCUGCAAGUUGCUGGCCAAGAAGAUGCCAAGGUUGAAUGUGGAGAUCUUCAAUGAAAGUGAGCAAGAAGAUUGCAUCUUGGAAGAUGGGCAGAAGGUAGAGAAGAUGUAUUUGUAUCGUACAUUGGCUGGGAAAAGGAAAGAUGCACCAGAAUAUGUAUGGACUCUCUAGGUGCAUUUUAGCUCAUUUCAUUUCUUGUUAUUCAGAUGUUUGUACUUGUUUCUAGGCUGACUCAUUAAUGCAAUUUUAGUCGGGUGUAGUGUUUUCUCACUUCCUUGCAUUUCCUACUUUUAUACAUAUCUUAGAUUUGCCUUUUUUCCCUCGUUA